AUGACCGACUGCGAGACUACAUUCCCAAGCUGCGUCUUACCGCCAGUCACGAGGCGCUCCUGUUACGGUACCGUUCACCACGGUCGUGUCGCCACUCCCGCACCGGCCUACCCUGAUGUCGCUAUAUGUAGGUCGAAGAGCUCGAUACCAAUCCGUCUGAUUAGGCGAAUCACCAGAAAACCCGAGAACGACUAUGAUCCUGACACAAUUCCUGUUCUAUCGAGGCGUGAGCAGCGGAAGGCCGAGAAGCGGGAGAAACGUAAAUUGGAGGAGCUGGAUGCAUAUCAGCGGAAGCAGUUUCAGGACCGAAUCUCUCGUCAACUCGAGGUGAACCAGAAUACCCGCGAAGCACACCACUCUCAGCCACAACCUAAGCGGUCAGUCAGGCAAAAGGUCAAAGAUACUCUUCGCAGGUCCGUACACUCUUCCAAGAGAGUGCCGGCUCAAAGAGCACCUCUGACACCACAAGAUAUUGCUGCUCCGACACCAUCUCAACCGCCUCAUGUCAAUGAUUUCCACUCCAAGAACGACCUUCGAAGCUGGUUUCACCCUUCUGAUGUUGAAGCUGGACCAGUGUCUGCAACAAAUGUGCCUGAACCUUACCUUGCAGAGCUUCCCGCCGCUGAUGUGCUCUCACCACAUCCUUUCUUCCACAAGAACUUUACAAAGCAGGACUUGGAGGAUCACAUAGAUGUUGAUACACUCCCCCUGCCCGUCAGGUCACCUUCGCCAUGUCUAUCAUCCUCUACCCCUCGCCGUGGAAUUACCAUUAGCGAAACUCCAGCAACCUUGCCGGUGACGACCUUCUCCAAGCAGAUGCAGUGUGACUACUGUCAUGGUGCUAUCAAAAUGAAUGGUUUUCACUAUGCUUGUGCUUUGUGCAAUGGUGGUGACUGUCUCUACUGUGCCAACUGUGCGCACGAAGGUCGUACCUGUCGGCACGAAUUGGUCGAGAAAACACGUAACAUCAAGAGGCAUCCGACCAAUCCAGGAACUGGCGUGCACAAACCACUGUCGCUGAACCACAAGCCAUCAGACUUGACUGAAGACAAAGAAUCUGCUGUUUCUAGCGGUCAUAGUGUUCAUUCGGUCGACCCUAGCACUAUUCCAAUCUCGAAGACACUUGAGGAUAUAGCCAUAUCAAAAGGAUUCGCAUCGUCCAAGAAAGGGAAGGAACCAAGUCAAUCCUUGCCGUUACCUAUGGUCACCUCGGAAGAUAUCUUCCGCGACUUUGAGACGAAACGCAGAGAGCAGGACAUCGCUUUCCGAGAGAAGGAAGUCACGUUACGUGAGCGAGAAGCCAUCCUUAGAGAGCGAGAAGCCUGGUCGGCAUCGAAAGAGCGCGAGGCCACGCUUAUGCAGCAAUACCAGACUGCUGCUAUGCUUCAGCAACGCGCCGACCUUAGUGCUCGUUUUACUUCCAACUCCCCAAGCUCACAAAGUCAAUUCUAUGGGCCACCCAUUUCUCGCUCAGGUUCACAGGUCUCACGUUCUUUCGCUCGACGCUUGUCGUCAUCUGCAAGAAGCACUGCUUUAGAUUUCACCGAGCAAGCAAAACCGCCUCAAGUCGAACGUCUUCCAUCACAAGCUGCUUCGGAUGUUGCGUUUGCUACCAUUGAAAGUGAGGAGACACGAAUUCGAACGCACGCCAACUCGAACAAGCGCAAGUCAGCAGGCUCAGUCAAUCGCACUUCAGACUCUGUCACGAACAACAAGAUACAAGAGCAGAAUCGUCGUACACCUUCGAAUAGAAGCGUCGAUGAGCCUGAAGAGGAUCAAGAGAGUGAAGAAAGCGAUACCAGUGCCUCAAAGAGACAGAAGCAUGAGGCUAGUGCUGAGCCACAGAAACUUUUUGCUUGUCCUUACCACAAGCAUGAUCCUGUUCGGUACGCACAGGGCAACACUACCGAGCUACAUUAUCGUGGUUGCGUCAAAGGCUUGUUUCGUGACAUAUCUCGUAUGAAGCAACACUUGAAGCGUGUCCAUCACUAUCCUGGCUUCUACUGCCGACGGUGCUUUGAGGUAUUUGAUACCAACGACAAGCUGCAGGAUCACUCUUCAUUGCCGGAGGCCUGCGAACCAAGAGACUGCCCCUAUGCUGAACGAAUCAACGAGACGAAGCAAGUCAAGAUUCAUGUUAAACGUCCAGGCAAGGAUCCAAAAGAUCUAUGGUUCGAAAUUUUCACAAUCAUCUUCCCUGGAUCACCAUUACCUGAUAGUCCCUACAUCGAGAGAGCGCAGUCCCGUGGCAUCUACUCAGAGUUGCUCGAGCAAUUCGUCGAAUUGUUCAAUCGUAAACUCGACAUUGCAUCGCAAUCUCGGCCAUGGCUUGCUUCAACACCAACCCGUGACUUCCUUAAUGGUCAGAUGUUACAAACAAUGCAGGAACUACACAAUAGCGGCACGAGUACCUCCGUCAGACAUGCCUCACUUCUUUCGUCGCCUGUCUCGACGGCGUCCGGUUCAGGGACCCGCCAAAGUUCUCGAUCGUCCAGAGAAUCUUCUUCUGUGCAAGAGCAACAGACGUCAGUCUCGUGUUCCUCUCAACGCAAUCGAGGAGUGCCUAGGCCGGCAUUGAUAGUUUCUACCACCUGUACUACACAAUCGUCAGCUCCAUUGAUACAUUCUUCUAAUGCCGUGCGAUCUCGACAGAGCUCAUCGUUCCCAAGAGUACCCACGCACGUUGGGGAAGACCUUGGAUAUGGACCAGGUGGCGAAAGCUGGGCAUCCGGGGACGAUGUUCGCCUCAUGUCCAAUGCUCCACCUCUCGAGCCUUCCAGCGCAACAUCUACGAGAUCGACAAAGAGUGUCUCAUUCGCUCCUGCUCCUCAGGAGUGGAGGUUGUCCAGCAGCCCAGAUCCAAAAGCGGCAGAACUGUCCAAUCUUGCUGGCUUUGACUGGCACGACGAUGCACUCCUCGGCCCAAGUACAAGCUCAUCUUCCGAACAAUUGCCAUUCUCUUCGAAGUCGUACCAACCACGACCCCGGCACUCUAGAACAGACUCGGCAUAUGGUACCAUGAGCUCAGCACAAGCAUCACAAUCCUCUCUAGCUCAACCCAAACCGCAGUCUUACCAAACACAAGCAAGCGCGUUCGACCUGUUUCACAAUCAGCAGCCGCAACAACGACAGCAACAACUGGCAUACAUUGACCCACGAAUGCUGUUCGUCAAUCCAUCCGAACUCACUGCACCAAUGUUUCCCGGCGUGAGCGCGGAUCUACAGGCAUAUCUGAACAGAGAUCUGAAUACCUGCGAAUUCGGCGGCCAAGCAAGUUUCGACGUGAUGCAGGUAUCGCAGCGGCAGGAAAGGCAUGUGGAGCGCUAG